AUGUCCUUUAUGCAAUCAUCGAGUUUCACAAUCUCAAAGGUCAGCCAGAAGGCGCUGAUGGCAGAAGAAGACAUCCCUGUCUUCCUUCUCAAUGGCAAUGAAUCCCGUCAAGCCUGCUGGGCCAGGCGCAUAACGCACCAAAACGCUCAGCCGCCGACCAUCGCAUUUGUCAACAGCGAGUCUCGGCAAGUCGCGCUGGAACAGGGCCGCUGGUUGGAAUCACAAGAGACGACAAGCCUGGAUUCGAUAUGGGUGCAGCCGCGUUGGGACAUGCUGCAUCUUAACUGGAUGUGA